GAUGCGAAAGCGUGCGGGCGACCAGGGCAGCUCGCCCGCUCCCCGCCUUGUGAAAAAUCCACAAACAACGCAGCCCAGGUCGCCGUGUCAGGUGAUUACUGCCUAUGAAGCAGGCAGUCCAUCGUCGUCUGCAAAACCCGCCCUUUCGUGGAUCCCUCUGGAUGUCUAUCCCGACCAAUAGGUUCAAGAGUGUGCGGUCCAUAGACCGAUCAUCUUUUGGUUCAUGUCCGUGCGGGCACGCACACCGCACACAGACGCACACGGCGGCUCUGAAUCGCAGGAAGAUCAGUAACUGCAUCUCCCCUGCCCCCUUUGGACACCUCGGUAUGUUAUGUAGCAGCCUCUCC